CAGCCGCUCGCCGACUCUUGUUGUGCAAUGACAGUCUCCUGUUAGCUAAAGUCAUGGCGCUGCUCAAACAAAGUUGUUGUGUCGCCGGUCGCUUCUCCACAAACCAUCUCUGGCUGAGUCCCAGAUGUAUCCCACAUGUUUACACCAGCAGUCUGACAGCUGCGGCCAAAUCCUCCCCAGACCGAGCCGACAGAAAGAAGCAGCUCCUGAGUGACGACGGGCCUGAUCUGGGAGACUUCAUCUCUGGGGAGUUAUCAGAGAAAAGCAAGUGGGCGGAGUACAGAGGCAACCUGAAGAGAGAGAAGGGAGAGAG